AUCAAUCAAUCGACAUCACUCUACCGAGAUCCAUCUUCUACAACUAUCUUACAAGCAGUUUCUUCGUCGUCUACUAUCUGUCAUGGGUCCCACACCAGUCAUGGUCCCAAAGCUAUUCCUGACCGGCACAACUGGUUAUAUCGGAGGCGACUUCCUAUAUCUGGUUUCUGAAAGACAUCCAGAAUGGGAGUUUACGUGCUUAGUACGCAACACUGACAAGGGAGCAAAGAUAGCGAGUAUCUAUCCCAAAGUCCGACUAGUCUACGGAGAUCUUGAUGCUGUCGAAUUGAUUGAGGAGGAGGCUGCGAAUGCCGACAUUGUCUAUCAUUUUGCCAACUGCGAUCAUGAAGGUUCUGCACAAGCCAUCGCCAAAGGCCUUGCACGGCGAAAGGGCCAAGGACCUGGCUUCUGGAUUCACACCUCAGGCACCCUUAUCCUGGGCUACGAGACAAUCAAGAACAAUGAAUACGGCAACCAGCUAGAGAAAGUGUUUGACGAUUGGGACAACAUCAAAGAGCUCACUUCACAGCCAGACCCAGCACCACAUAGGAAUGUCGACAAGAUUGUUCUUUCAUCCUAUUCUGACACGGUCAGGACUGCCAUCGUUUGUCCACCAACAAUUAUCGGCAAAGGCAGAGGCCCGGACAACACCCGCUCCGUCCAGAUUUACAAGACGACUGCAGCAUUCCUCGAGCACAAGCACGCCUUCAAGGUUGAGAAAGGGGAAAACAUCUGGCACCAAGUCAAUGUGCAAGACCUCUCUGAGCUUUACCUGUUACUGGGCGAGGCAGCUGUCAACGGAGGACCACCAGCGACCUGGAACGAGGAGGGAUACUACUUGGCCGAGAACGGAUCCUUUGUAUGGGGCGAUGUACUGCAGUCCAUUGCCAACAUCGCACAUAAGAAAGAUCUCCUCCCAAGUGCGGAACUGAAGAGCUACAAGCCAGAUGAAGCGAACCAUGUACUUCCAAUCUGGAUCUCGAUCGGCACAAACUCGAGAGGUGUGUCAAUUCGAGGCAAGAAAUUGUUGGGUUGGAAACCUAAGGAGCGGAGCAUUGAAGAUGAGCUGCCCACGGCAGUCGAUAGCGAGGCUCGUCUGCUUGGUUUGACCGAAGGCCACGCCGCGAAGGUAGAGAAAGAUUAGCCCCGGCGACGCACGAAAAGCUUGACGAUGAACUAUGUGUACAUGAAGCGAAUGGUCCAUUUCCUGGCAUGAAAUUGAAAUCCGAGAGUUGAGUUUUAAUUUAAUGUUCUGCCGC